AAAAUUGCCAGUGGUUUGUCGGGGCGUAAAUAUUGUUGUGUUGCCGCGCUCAUGCGCUCGCUCGCUCAUUUGAUCACACAAAUGUGCGUCCGUAUGUGGCCCAAGUGAGAAAAUUGUUUUGCAACUGUUAAUGGUUCAGUUGAUGGACAAUCGUUAGUAGCUAAUUAAAAAUGUUCCAUUCAAAUGCAUUAAAUCGACAGAAACUGGCUGAUAUCUGAUAUAGAAGGCAGCGACCAGUUCACAAUUGAUAUAUUGCUCGUUCGAAUUCUUUGGAACUAAACGUGAAAAUAAACACACACUAAAUUGAACGGCCGAACGGUUCCUUUCGGUUUGAAACAUCAAAGUCGAUUUGAAUUGAGAUGAAACGGCCGUCGAUAUAUUUUCGGAGUUUAUUUGAAAUUCCAAAGGAUUUUCGAAAUGUUCGCUUUUUUUUAUUGUUUUUCACAUUUCAAAACAACAACAACAAAAAAAUCCAAUCAUCCCAUUUCCAGUGUGAAUUCACGAGCAAUUCCUCUCGAUCACAAUGGAAGAAAAUAAAAUUGAUAUGAUGAGAGAUGAUUUAAUUCCCACAUACGGACCAAAUGUAAAAUGAUUUCGUAUAAAAAGUGUUCAAUGAUAAUGCGUGAUGAUGUGUGAAGUGCGACUGUUAUACAUCCAUUUUCAACACACACCGACUUCAGCCACACAAUGUUAAUCGAGUGUACAAGAGCAGCAGCAGCAGCAGCAGCAGCAUCACUUCGACAGACUCAUAGAAGUAUCAUCGUCGAGUCAAAGCAUUGCUGUUUUGAAAUGGGUCAAAUGUCGAACGCUUCGUUUUUUCGUUAAUAAAAUUUUGUUUAUGCUAUGUAGUUGCCGUUUUAUGAGGCGCGGGUCGUUGCUGUUGCUGCUGCUGGUUUUUCUUUCAUUCCCUACCACAUAUAUUGCUAUUCUGUUGUUGCUAUUUUGUCGUUGGUGUGAACGGUCUGUUCUCAUCCAAAAGAAUAUUCUAUGUUAUUCCGUCGAUCGAACAAUCAUUUGAUCGUGAACACUCCACAUGAACGGUUGUCGCCGUUCGUCGUUAGGCGCGAUUCAAUCAGAUAUUCAUAUUGAAAGUGCGUGUUCGUUGUUACGCGAAUAAAAGGGCGAAAUAUAUACAUAUUGGAAAGAAGGAGAGAAAAACAGAAAUCAAACGCUAAUCAAUACUUGAUGCAGGCGUGAAUAAAAGGAAAGAAAAAAGAACAAUACAAAGUGUUUAUUUUUCAAUUGAAAGUGUUAAAAAUUGAAUUAAUUCGAUAAGAUAUUUGUCGUGUGAUUAAUCAUUUGCAAGCGUUGCAUUUAAAAUAUUGGCAGAAUGAAACCCAUUUUAUGGGUUCUAUCUAUAUUGUGUAUAGCCCUUUUAGCCGAUUUGGCUCUAAGUGCACCACAGGGAUCAAAUGAUGAUUCCGAACAAGCAUCUCAACGUAUUAAACGAGCUAGCCGAACCGGGCAAACUCAAUCACAGUACCUGAAUUUUGGUGAUUCACAAACGGAAGGUAAAGCUGAUGCUGAAAUUACAAGAUACGGUUCGCGAGCGUCUGUGUCUGGCUCAAAUGGGAUGGGACAAGCGCAAAGUCAAUCGUCUGGUAGUGGAUGCGAAGGAUGUUACGGCAGUGAAGGUGGAUACUCGCACGGUGGUGCUGGCGGUGUGGGCGGUGGCCCUGGUCCAGAUCCGUUGAGAAGCGCGAGUGGUUCAUCACAUGGAUUGCCAAUACAAAGUCAAACAUCAUCCGGUGUACAACAACCCGGAAGUGCCACCGGUUAUGAUAUUUAUGGAAGACCAAUUGUUGGAGGAUCAGCUCUGGGCCCAAGCGGAUAUGAUAGUCGAGGUUUCGGCCCUGCAAGCAGUCGUUCGCCAUCUGACAGAAUAAAAGAUGCAUACAACCAUGUUUUUCCAUCGGGAUUAGAUGCACAACAGCCCGGAGCUUUUGGAAACAAUGGUUUUUCCAGUCCAACCGCUAGCGAUCAAACAGGUGUACAUGGUCACAAUGGAAAAACUCCAUCAAACCUGGGUAGCACAUCAUUCUUGAAUAGGCCAAUCACCAAUGGUAGGCCAUCAGGUUGGCAAAUUGAUACUACGGGCGGCAGCCCAUCGAUUUUGAUGGGAAGAAAGACAGGCUCAAACGUUCCAGAUGCUGGAACAAGUGGAGGUGGUCAACCAGGUGCACCAACAGGAUUUGGCUCAUCACACGAUGGCACAUCGACAACAAAUGGCCGUUCACCUUCAAACAGAGCUCCUGGAUCCAACUUGCCAAGCUAUAGCCAAAUAAACGGCGGUGGUGCUGGUGGUUCACCAGAUACUUCAUCUUCAGGUAGAACACAGCCAAUUCGUAGUGGCGCUUACGAUACACCUUCAAGAUCGCCUACUACUGGUACUGGUUUGCAGCCCAUUGAUCAAUCACGAAAACAACCGGCCGACGCAUAUGGUAAAACACAUAGACCGGGAUAUACAAACGGUGAAAAUGGAUCCAGCGGCCCUUCAGGCGCACCGUCAGCCACAGAUGCUCUUGAUGGUCUAAGAAAUGUAUUCAAAUUACCACCCGGCUUAUGUUUAGUCAGAUGUGACACAUUGCGACCGGGACAAAGCUUGACGGCAGACCAAAUGAGAGAUGCGAUUGAAUCGAGUGGUCAGCCAUCAAAAUAUAUACAACCACAAAUAGGAACGCCAUCAAGUCAAUUCCCACAAAGCGUUCCAACAAGCCAAUUGCCACAAGGCGGUUAUGCUCAAUACCCAACAACUUCAGGAUCUCAAAUUCCAUCAGGCUCACAAGUUAUUUCACCAGGACAAACUCAACCGGGUCCUUUGCCAUACGAACAAGGUGCAGGUCAAACUCCAACUGGUGCUGGUUCAUUGGGUCCCUCAUACAUUACAAGUCAACCACAACCAGGAGCUUAUCCACAGGGUGCUCCAAGUUCAUUUCCAGCAGGACAAAUUCCUACUCAAGCAGGAACACCCAGCGUUCAAUACCCAUCCACUUAUCAACCGACUCGAGGUUUUGGCGGACAACAAUUCCCAUCUCCAUUGACUCCAACAGGUGUCUACCAACAGGCUGGAAUAAAUCAACCAACAGGAGGAGCAGCUACUGGAACUGGUGGUGCUCCAAGUUCAUUUCCAGCAGGACAAAUUUCCACUCAAGCAGGAUCACAAGCGGGCCAAUAUCCACAAGGAGGCGUUCCAUCAGGUCAAUUGCCACAGGGCGGUGUUUCAUCUGCUCCAUAUCAACCCACUUACCAACCGAUUCAAAGUGGUGGUGCACAACAAUACCCAUCUCCAUUGGCUCCCACAGGUGUCUACCAACAGCCUGGAAUCACUCAACCAACCGGAGGAGCACCUAUUGGAACCGGUGUUGGCACAGCUCAAUACCCAACCGGAUAUGUUCCAAGCCCAUCACAAACAGUCUAUCCACAAGGCGGUGUUCCAUCAAGUCAAUUGCCACAAGGAGGUAUUCCAUCUGUUCAAUAUCCUCAAGGAGGUGUUCCGACAAGUCAAUUACCACAAACCGUAAUUCCAUCGGGUCAGUAUCCGCAAGGUGGACUGCCUGCAGGUGUUUAUCCACAGGCUGGUGGUUUACCUACUUCACCAGGCACAAUAUCAGCUGGUGCUGGUGCUGCUAGUCAAAGUGGUGCAUUCGUUAGUGGUCCAUUGCCUCAAACAACAGGCGGGCAAUAUCCAUCAGGAACUCCAAUUCAACAACAGCCAACACAUACACAGGGUGGAGCUGGUCAAUUCCCACAAGGCGGCACAGCACAAAUUCCGGCACACACUCAAGGAACAUUGCCAGGAACAUUGCCACAAGGUCAAUUGCCAGGAGGCUAUGCUCAAUAUCCAACAACUUCUGGAUCUCAAAUUCCAUCAGGCUCACAAGUUAUUUCACCAGGACAAACUCAACCGGGUUUCUUGCCAUACCAACAAGGUACAGGUCAAACUCCAACUGGUGCUGGUUCAUUAGGUCCUUCUUACAUUCCAACUCAAUCACAACCAGGAGCUUAUCCACAAGGUGGUGGUGCUCCAACUUCAUUGCCAUCAGGGCAAAUUUCCACUCAAGCAGGAUCACAAACCGGUCAAUAUCCACAAGGAGGCAUUCCAACAAGUCAAUUUCCACAAGGCGGCGUUCCAUCUGGUCAAUACCAACCCACUUAUCAACCGAUUCAAAGUGGUGGAGGACAACAAUAUCCAUCUUCAUUGACUCCAACAGGUGUCUACCAACAGCCUGGAAUCACUCAAACAACUGGAGGAGCAGGUACUGGCACUGGUGGUGCUGGUAGUGGCACAAUUGCAUCCGGCGGAUACACGCAAUCAGGUGGUCAAGCUCAAUACCCAAUCGGAUAUGUUCCAAGUCCAAAUCAAGCAGUCUAUCCACAAGGAACUGGCGGACAAUCUCAAGGAAUUGGUCAAGGUCAAUUAUCACAACCAACAACAGGUGGUGCCGGUUAUUUACCACAACAAUAUCCAACACCAUCGACUGGCGGCUAUGGCGGAGUGCCAACAUACCAAACACCAGGAUACACUGGACAAGUUGGAUAUCGAACUGGUUAUCCAGGUGCUAUUGAUAGCACAGCAGCCCAAACCGGACAAGGUGUGCCAGCGAAUUAUGUUUCAGGUGGCACAACUUCAGGAUUGGGUACGGGAUUGGGAGAUAGUGAAACUAGCAGCGGCGGUGCAUCAGGCGGAGAAGAAGAUGGAUUCUCACAAGCCGAAUCAUCGAUUAAAAACGGUGAAAUAGUCUCUAGUGCUCAAGGAACAAAGAACGGUGGCACGGCACAAACAAAUGUUCAAGGUACUUACAGUGGAAGUGGUUCAUUCUCUGCAUCAGCUCAAACAGCCGACAAGGAUCGUUCAGCUCAAGCUCAAGUAUCUGGUAACAAAGACGGAGCAUUGAGUUCGUCACAAGGUUCGGGUGGAAAGUCACAAGCUCAAGCACAAGUUCAGGUAGAUGAAAAAACCGGAGGCACAUCAGCCAGUGGUCAAACAUCGGGUUUGCAACAUUCAAGUCAAUCAGAAGUGACGGCCAAUGAGAAAGGCGGUUUAGCCGACGCACAAAGCAGUGGUCCAGGUCAAACAUCCUCACAAGCGCAAAUCGGUUUCAAACCAGAAAGUGCUAGCAAUAGUCAAGGAUCAAACAUUUUCAACGGUGGUGGUCAAGCUUCAGCACAAUCCGGAGUACAUUCGGGACAGAGCCAGUCACAAAUUCAAGGAAACUUCAAAUAUGGAAUUUCAUACCAUGGUGCAGCUCAAGCAGCUUCCGGUACCAAGGAGCAAGUCACAUCGUAUCGUGAAAAGAGCAAAAAACUCUUCCAAUCGAUUGGUCAAUUCAGUAGAUCUAAUCGUGAUGCGGUUACAAGUGUACCCGUUUCUGAUAUUGCCAACAUAAAUGACAUUGGAUCGAAGCCAAAGCAAACAUCAUUUGCCCCGGAACCAACACCUGAUACUGAAUCAGAGCUAGAGGAUGAAGAUUACAAUGCCGAUGAAGGAGGAGACGAAUAUGAUGGUGAUUAUGAAAAUGGCGAAAAGAAAAACGAAACGAAUAAGCAAAACACCAAAUCAAGUCGCAUGCAAGUUGAAUUGCCACAACGAACCGUAUUGGAUGCAACGUCAGGUAAAUCAAAGGAAACCGUUAGUACAACCGAAGCAACACCAAAAUCAAAAACCACCAAACUUGUUCGCAUGCCAGCCGUUCGCAGUGAAAUUGUUCCGGAUGGAUUUAAAGGAAAAAUUGAAGAAAAACGACAAAAACACAAUCUCACAUCGAAAAAUCAACUGGGCAACGAGGAAACCAAGGUUGACGUCAAACCAGACAUUUAUGUAACCGUUACGAAGUCCGUUAGCGGUAGUUUAGAUAAUGCAAAAGCAACACCAACCGAUGAUAAGAAAUUCGAAUCAACUUACUAUACAAAGAGUUCGACUUGUGGCUACUUCACGUUUUCAUGUAACAUUGUUUAUGGUUCGAAUGGCCGCAGCAAAAUCUGUCGACCAAAGCAACCAACUAACGGAAAAUGCUAAACAACAAAAACAACCAAACCCAUACAAUUCACCUUGUAUCAUUUGAAAUUAAGGAGAGCAUUUUUUUUUCUAAAUAACAACAUUUUUUUUAAACGAACUAAUAGUAUUUAUGCUUGAAUUGUUCCAUAAACGAGAGAGAAGAUUAUCGAAUUCCUUGAACUGCUAACAUUGAAAAUGAUUUACUUAAAAUGAAGAUGAAGAAAAAGAAACUCGAAAUUAACUUUGAUUGUAUGUACUUAUUUUGGCCCCAAUCUAUGAUUUACCAGUCACAUACAGCACAGUCAUGCACCCACACACACACACACACACAAGCACCACAUGAUUUAUGAUAAUGAAGUACGUACCAUGUUCAUCGACAAAACUGCCAAAAUUUAAUCUCUAUUUGUUCGAAGCGUAACUAAUUUAAUUAGAGAUGAUCAAUCUUUAAUUGGAAACAGUUAGCCAAAUGCAUUAUAGAAAAGUAAACCAAACAACAAAACAAAUAUGUAAUGAUAAGCUCACAGAAACGCAAGCAUUUUUAAGAACGUUGUAACAGAUGUAAAAUUUCAUUUACAAAUAUAAAACAUACCAAAUUCAUGGUAUCAAA